AUGUCAACUGCCGUAAAAGUGAUUUGGAUGGGAUUUUUCGUGCUGCCGAUUUUGGCUUCUCAGUUUUCCUUCGAUAAUUCGUCGACGACCGAAGAGAAAUACUUUCUGUCGCUAAAUGUAGAUUCGCUGCAUAUGGCCAAAGGGCCAGUUUUAUCUUUCCCUCCGUCUCCGUCUUCUUCGUUUCAUGAAACGCCUCCGAACAUGCGACAUGACCUCAGUUCGUUGCCUAUGAUUAUGAACGCCGAUCGAGUGUCGAAACUUCUACGGAACUUUGCAAACGAGGAAAUGGCAGUGUAUUACAUGCAGUCGUUGUUCGACUCUAUGCAGUAUCACGUGGACAAGCCGGAUCCAGCCGAGAUGGUGUCUUCGAUUGUUACUUCCUUAUCUCGCAAGAUCGACGCUUAUAAGCGAGCUGUUGAAGCAAGUCGCGCCGAACUCGUCUCCUUGUUCCAGAAAUCGCCGUAUGACAUGCACAUCUUCAGGCAGUACCGCGAGUGCUGCUCGUUGGACCUUCAGUACCUCAGCCCUUCCCACUUUUACAACGUGAAAGUAAAUUUGUCGAUCAGCUGCGACGUCGUACCCGCCGGUCUGUCCGCGUUUUCCUUUUAUCCCGGCAGCAGGUUGGCUGACGUUUUUGCUGCGAACAUGAACAAGAACAACGCGAUUCGAUGGCAGCAUUUCACCUCUUCCGAAGGCAUGCGAUUCGAGUAUCCGGCUCAUCGUAUGGAUGAAAGGAGUUACCAAAACUGCCAGGUCAUUGCCGAACGCCGGCGAAGACAGCUGUUCAUGUCUGCGAUGUUCUCUUAUCGGAAACAGGCGGUGAUUAUCCUCGAUAAAGGCAGCGGCAUGUCCGAGACUCAAUUUUCCUCGGCCAAAUGUGUCGCCCAUGUUCUUCUGGAAUGCUUCCGCCCCGACGAUGAGAUUCUUGUCGUUGGAGUCAGCGACCAUUUGCUUCGCAGUAGCGUCUGCUCUGACGUAACGGUACCUCUCAACGCAGAAACCAUGGAAUCGUUUCAUAGCUUCAUUAAUCUUCUUUCUCGUGAUCCAGAGCCAGUCAACCAUACUUUGGUUUUUGAAAUCGCCUUCAAAAUACUGAGGAACCGGCCAAUGAAAGGCGCAGGAGAAGGUUCGUAUCCGUUCGAAUGUCGGUCUCCCUCCCGCGAAGAGGUGAAUGACGAGUGUAUUUCAUUAAAGUUGGAGGGAGACAUUGAACCGUUCUGCUACCAGCUGUGA